AUGAGGCGUUAUUGGCUGGUUUUAUGGGUGUUUGCUUGGGCUCCGGAAGUCUUGGGACUUUGUCCUUCACUAUGCUCGUGUCGAAAUAAUAAAUCAGGAGACGCGAGUGAAGUCGGUGAACUGAAGCUAAAAUGUGGAGGUAGCCUGGCGCAAAUCACGGAGCUGAAGGAGAUUGACCUGAGUAAUGAGAGCCUCCGGGCCGCAGUCGUUAGCUUGAAUUUGUCAGGCAAUGCAAUUUCUACGUUAUCAAGAGAACUGCACCUUCCCAAGUUACAGAAAUUGGAUCUCAGCAGGAACCAAAUAAUAGAAAUAGAGCCAGAUGCAUUCUUUAACAUGACAUCUCUGCAACGGCUAGACCUCUCUUACAACCAAAUAACGCACAUCUACAAGGACAUGUUCAAGGAUGUUGCGAGUCUGAAAAUUCUAGUUCUGGCCCAGAAUAAUAUCUCAGUGCUGUCCCCUGGAACUUUUGACUAUUUGCUGGGAUUGACUCACUUGGACCUAACAGGCAAUCCACUAAUAUGUGAUUGUAAUCUUCUCUGGUUGGGAGAUUGGGCGCGAAACACCAGUGUUAAAAUCGGCAACGUCAAAUGCGCAUCACCCGAAAACAUGGUCACGAGACUUGUAAGAAAACUGAAGAUAUACUUAAAUCUAUCCGCAUGUGGGAGUGUGCUUCCGUUAAACAGUUUAAUUGUGCAACCAUCUCACAAUCAAGUUGUCUUCGAAGGGGAUUCCUUAAUACUAUCUUGUAAUGCUCCGUUCGCAUCUAUUGCUGCUAAAUACGAACUCAAAUGGCAUCAUCCGAUGUUAGAAAUUUGUGAUGUCAAUAUUACAAAUACAGAUAUGCAAGAAGAUGGUAUUGCCGAGACAAAGAUACAUUUUUCCAAUAUUACAGAACACCAUAUGGGCGAUUGGGUAUGUAGAUACAUGGAGCAGAAUAAUAUUAGUCACAAUCAUACUAUUAAAGUUGUGGUUAUAUCUAACAGUACAGAAUAUUGUUUGACAGAGUACACAAAGAAUAAUAAGGGUAUUUAUUCAUGGCCUCAAUUGUUAUUAAAUCAUACGGCUGUAGUACCUUGUCAUAUUGGAGAAGGUAUGGCAUACCGUUACUGUGAUCCUCAAGGACACUGGGGACCGGUCAACACAACUGAAUGUUCAUACACAAGUAAUGUUACAAAACUAUUACAACAAUUUGCCCUCCUGAACGUAAGUUUAGUACAAUAUUCAGCUAUCAAUGCCACGGAGAGACUGACAAUGUUGAUUAAGGAUAAUACAUACCCAUAUGCUCUUAUUUAUGAUCCGGAUGAUGUGAUGUUCAUUGCUCAAGCUAUAAGGAAUUAUAUGCAGUAUAUAAGGGAGGAAAAGGAUUUGGGUUCAGCCCUCCUCGACGUAAUUAGUGCAUCAAUGAAUAUAACAAAGGCAGUAAUGUCAGCAGCGGAGAGCCAAUACGGCUCGUGUACUGAUAUGCUACGCGCUGUGGAAGAAAUUUCUAAUUAUACUGCUAAUGUUCAAGGACAUAAGGUGAACCUUGCAGUGGAGAGGUUCCCCGUCCGAGAAGGUUUCAGCGGAAUUACCUGUGUGUGGUACAGCACGGCUAAGGGCUACACACCGCGAUUGCAUUGCACCACUACCAACAGAACUGUUACACCAUCUUUCAACGUUAUGGAUGCCUUUAUACAUGCUAGUGUGCAAGUACCACUGUCGUUCCUCUAUAGCCGCAUUGACGACCACACAAUCCUCCAACAACGACCCCACGACGUUGUAGUAGCAAUGUACGACGACGCCUCGCUGUUCCCUCUGCUGCCAGGAAGGGACAUGACCAGCCAGGGGCACAGGUCUAAGGAUUAUUACGGAUUAAGCACAAAGAGAGAUGAUAUGAGCAUGGAAAUUACUUCUCCUGUUGUCGGAUUUCAAUUGACAAAUGCAACUCUUCAAGACCUUGUGGAGCCAAUUUUGGUAACGGUGCGUGCCAGUUUUUUGGGUGGAGUCGACGGCCGCGUGGCUAUUUGGGACCCCGACACUCGCCGGUGGAGGGAUAACUCUUCGGAUUGCAUAAUAAUGCAAUACGUAUCCGGAAUGGUGUUCAUUCGAUGUUAUAAACUGGCGUACGUUGGUCUAUUACAAAACGUGGAAACUGGCAUUUACGGCGCACGAACCGACGGCGCUCGUUUCAAAGUGUCCCAUCCCGCCGUCUACGUCGGGAGCCUCAUUCUCAUCGGCUGCGUCAGCUGCGCCACACUCACCUACAUCAUGUGCUACCCUGCCAUACAGAUGGCUAAGAAAACCAAACACGCACUAAUCAAUACUUGGAUUGCGGUAGGAUUACUCUGUUUCAUGUACACUUUGGGAAUAUACCAGACCGAAGAAGUCAAAUUGUGCCAGGUGCUCGGUCUUUUGAUACACUAUCUGUCUCUUUCUUGUUUAUUAUGGAUGUGUGUGUCGGCAAGUAACAUGUAUAAAUGGGUGACAAAGACGCACAAUCCUGUUAGGACACCGGAGGAUGAUAUUCCUCCUGAUGUACCUGUACAGAAACCUAUUUUGGGGCUUUAUUUAGUGGGAUGGGGUAUUGCUUUGAUAGUCUGCGGUAUAUCGGGAGCGGUUAACUUGAAAGAUUAUGCGGGUUAUUCGCAGUGUUUCUUGAGUACUGCUCCGGCAUUGAGUGCUUUGUUCGUACCUGGUGGGAUCUUGCUAACUUUCCUCUUCGUACUGUUUUUGCUCAUACGAUGCACUAUUAGGAACAUGAACGUGCAACUGUCAGAAGGUACACAAGCGACUGAGAAUGUUGAUUUAGAAAUGUGGGAACCGAAUCAAACCAAUGAGAAUCCUGAACGGAGAAGCAUAAAGUCUGCUGCAGAUUCUGAGGUCGACGAUAUUGAGCAUACACCUAUAAUACAGUUGCGCGCACAAGUUAUUGUUCUAUGCUUGUACAUGUCUGUAUGGACAUGUGGCGCUAUAGCUGUGUACCGACCGCUGCCGGCAUACUUGCCGUAUCAAGAAGAUAUCUGUAGCAUCAUUUAUGCAGUUUGCGCUACCGUUCUCGGUACUUUUAUUUUGUUCUUCUACGGUAUUGCGAGAAGUGACGUAAGGGAUCAAUGGUCUAUGGUGCAUUGUUAUUUCCAUAACAGCAAAAAAUGUUGUAGGAAUAGAAGUGUUUUCGAUAGUAAUCAGCAAAAUUUACCUCCAAAUCAAACUUCUGCACCUUUGACACUUCCAAUUCCGAAUGAUAACAGAUCUAGAUCUGAAAGUAGAAGUUCCAAUAGAACUAAUUCUAAAACUAACAAUAGUGGAACGUACAAAGGUGGUGCGGAACUAAACGGGCAGACUUUGCAAAAGGAUCUCCUCAAAAACACAAAUGGAAAAACGCCAAAUAUCAAUCUAGUAGUGUUACAUAGACAACAGUACAGAUCCAACAAUUCUAUGAUGACGUAUCCUGACACAACGAACGUUGGUCCAGAAGUUUUCUACAAUCCUAACCAGAUGAACGUAGCUAAGAAAUUCUUCAAAAAACAAAGGCAACACAUGAAAAGGAAUUGCCUGGAAUUACCUAUAAGAAGGGAUUUUGAUAAUGAUUCACAUGUCUCUUUACCGUUGCCUUCAAAAGAGGCUUACAAUGGCGUCGCGAAUAUUAUUAACUCUGGAUCGAAAGUAAACAACACAAAUAUCCACGUGGAAAGAUCAAAUAACGGUAUAAAAGAAAGGCGUCAUGUUGGUAAUCCUAACUUACUGCAAGAUGAUUCGAAUGAUUAUAAAAAUUAUAACAAUGAUAGGAAAUCUUGGAACAAAAGCGAGGAUCCCAAAUCGAGCAGGAUCAUGAAUAUUUAUACAAAUGUUCCUGAGACUCAAGUACCGCAGCACCAAGUUGUUAAAGCAGCACCAAAAACAUUUAACAAUCAAAGAACAAGUACGUCAGAAGAGUGUCUCCAAAGUCACGCUGAACAACCUGAAAUGAGGACAAUAUCACAGCAAUGUAGCUUAGAAUACAGUUCUGCGUCCGAAAUAGCAAUGCCUCAUACAUGUUCGGACCAGACACUGAACACUCAUUCAGAAAUAACAUCAUUUCAAGAAAGCGCAGCAAACGAAACCACCGACCCGGAAAGUUUUGGGCAAUACAUAGACUAUGUUCAACCCAAUAAACAAGAUAAUAAAGAAUGUAUUGACAAAUCUUUGCAAGAUAUUUCUGAAGAAUGCACAAUGAACAGUGAAGAAAUUAACAGAUCUAGCACACCGCAGAAUUUAGAAGCUGAUCCUGGAGAAUUAGAUAAUCUUCUACAAAACGUAGAUAUGGAAAUCAAAGACUCUAAUGACGACGGCAAAGAUACUUUUUUCGGUGCAAAAACAACUUACGAUUUUGAAACGUGUAGCACGAAUGCUAGUGAACAAGGCUUUGAGAAUGAAAGCGACAUCUAUUGCCCAAAUUACCAAAUGUCUGAAGUGAGCAUUCGAAGUCAUGGUUUAUAUGCACCGUCGCCAUCCUCCAUGUGUCCCAAUGAAAUAAGUUUUAGUAACGAAGACGUGUCUAAUAUUGAAAGUCAGUAUGUCAACUAUGACCCUGGAUGGAGGAAAACAAUAAAGAGCAAUCCUAAAUUAGGGAAAUACGUUUCAACGCCAGCAUUAAGCUGUCCUGAAGUGAACAGAGAUAGUCCUGUAUCUUUUGUGAGUGAGUUAGAUGAACUAUAUACUCAAAUUACAAGUAGAGAUAAAGAUAGAACGCCAAGGAAAGAGGGUUUGGAUGUGACAGUGAACAGUGACGUCACGUUGAAACCGAACGACAGCGACAGUUGCGUCAGUGAAGCUGUGUCAGACACUGAAGUUAAAGGAGAAACAACAGUCUGAAAGCUGUUAGAGCUUAUGACAGACGUUGUAAAAAAAAUUACAAAUAUGGAAGACAAAAUUGUGGUAUGAGAACUACCGUAAGCAUGGCUAUUAUCAAUGUCACAUGUAACUGU